UAUUAAGUAAUAGUUCAAACUGUGUUAAAGCCACAAUUCCAACGUUAAUCAUUUUAGGAUAUAUUCUACAGGACGUGUGUAUGACAAUAUAUAUUUCUUUCAAAUUAAAAAUAAGUUUUUGAAAAAUAUAACUUAUAUAUAAUAGCACUUUUCAACUCUCACAACUGUAUAAGAUUUCAAUUUCAAAAUUUUCUUUGAAAAUUCUUACCAUGAAUGUUCAAAUGAUUGCAGUCACUGUGUUUUACAUGGUACUAAAUGGAUAUCACGCACUUAUUUAUCCAUCCGAUUAUGCGCCUAUGUUAUGCGAAUGCCCUACAAAAGUACAAUUCGAUUUUAUAGUGGUCGGAGGUGGAAGUGCUGGUGCAACUGUUGCUGCACGUUUAAGUGAAAUACCCGAAUGGAAUGUUUUAUUAUUAGAAGCUGGAGGUGAUCCACCCGAAACAACCGAAAAUCCUCUUUUAUGGAACCAACAUCUUAGGACAAAAUGUGAUUGGUUAUUUUUUGCAGAAAAAAAUCAUUUACUUUUUAAAGGAAUGGAACAAGAAAGGUGCCUUAUAUCUAGAGGUUGUAUGUUAGGUGGAUCGUCUUCAAUCAAUGCAAUGAUAUACUUACGUGGUACUGUAGAAGAUUUUAGUCAAUGGAAAAAUAAGUAUGGUUGUCAUGGAUGGGACUAUGAAGAUGUUUUACCCUAUUUUAAAAAAUCAGAAGAUUUUGUAGAUACUUGUAGAUAUGAUUCAGAAAUUCAUUCACAAGGAGGACCAUUGACAGUAACACCAUUAGAAACAUGCGAUCAGGCUUAUAAGAUUAUCGCUGAAUCAGAAGAGUCACUAAAUUUAUUUAAGGUAAAUGAUCUAAACAGAAAAGAACCAGUUAUCGGCUAUGGUGAUUUUGAUUCAACCACUCGUAAUGGUCGUCGAUGUAGUACACUAAAAGCGUUUUUAAUGCCAGCAAGUAAUCGUCCAAACCUCUAUGUAGCAAAAAAUACAAUUGUUACUAAAAUUUUAAUUAAGAACGACUUAGCAGUGGGAGUGAACUUCAAAUGUUCAUCAGGAGAAAUUAAAUCAGUUUUUUGUACAAAAGAAGUGAUAAUGUGUGCUGGACCUAUAAAAAGUCCACAGCUUCUUAUGCUUUCCGGAAUCGGGCCUAAAGAACAUUUAAAUGAUCACGGUAUUCCCAUCAUUAAAGAUUUACCAGUAGGUUUCAGCAUACAGGAUCAUAUGUCACUUCCAGUUUUAGUAUUUACAGAUCGAAAAUGUAGGCCAACUGAAGACAUAAUAAAUGAGAGUAAUGAUUCUUUGAAAAAAGAAUUAGCUUUUUUUUCAGAAAAUAUAUCAUCACUUGGCCUUAGUAAGCUUAUGACAUUCUAUAAAUCAAAUGAUGAUUUAGAGUAUCCGGAUAUACAAAUAUUAAAAUUUAGGAUUCCCUUCAACUCAACAAAUACUUUUCCAAAUAAAAUUAAUGUAUUUACAAACAUGUUUGGAUAUGCUAAGGAAGUAACAGAUUUAUAUGACGAAUUAAACUUGUUGAGUGACUUAAUAGUUAUGACACCCAUUAUGUUACAACCAUCAAGUACUGGUCGAGUUAUGUUGAACUCAAAUGAUCCACUAGACAAUCCAAAAAUAUUUUUAAACUAUUUAUCUUGUAACAAAGAAAUAGAAACCUUAUUAAAGGGUAUUGAAUUUGUUGUAAACUUAUCUAAAACAAAAAGUAUGAUUGAUGCUGGGCUUGUUUUAGAAGAGUUGAAACUAUCAAAUUGUGCUGAUUAUAUUUGGGACACCCGAGAUUAUUGGAUGUGUGUCAUUCAGAACUUGGCAGCUCCUUUUUAUCAUAUAGUUGGUGGCUGUAAUAUGGGUUCAGAGAAUGCAAUUGAUUCUGUUGUUGACACUAAAUUAAGAGUGAAAGGGAUAAUUGGAUUGCGUGUGAUAGAUAGUUCAAUUAUGCCAAAAGUUGUAUCUGUAAACACAAACGCAGCUUCAAUAAUGAUUGGUGAAAAAGGAAGUGAUAUAAUAAAAGGAUGUUAUGGAAAGCUUUGACGAAUAAAACAUCAAUUUAA